AUGACAAUAAGGAUGGCACGUCCCCAACGGGGACAGCAUCACCGGUCCCGUAUGCAUUGUCUGAAAAAGUUGGAGACCACUGUGGUGGAGAUGCAGGACCCGAAGGCUGGGAUAAAGGGCUCCGAGCAGAAACUUAAUGUCACCACUAUACCCCAUGUCAUUGCUGGUAACGAUGUGAUUGCUUGGAUUGUCAACAAGAUGAAGGUCACACAAGAAGAGGCUCAAGCCUUCGGCACCAUGUUGGUGGCCUACGGCUACAUCUACCCGCUGCAGAACCACAAGACGCUCGUGAUGCUCAAUGACUCCAGCCUCUACCGCUUCCAGACCCCUUACUUCUGGCCUACACAGAGAUGGGUUGCAGACGACACCGACUAUGCCAUUUACCUGGCAAAGAGAAACAUCCGCAAGAAGGGUAUGCUGGAGCCAUAUGAACAGGUUCACUACAACCACCUCCACGAGUGGCUCAACCACAAGUGGGACUUUAUAGUGAUGCAGGCUACUGAACAGUACAGGGCAGGGAAGGAGAGAAAGAAGCCGGACCGUGUGGUGUUUGACUGUCAGGAGAGGGCUUUCUGGAUAGUGAACAGACCACCGCGUCGGACGCACACUGCUUUGGAUUAUGGUCCGGAUCGCCUUAUUGACCCGAAUGUAGAGGAGAAAAUCACCUUUGACCAGCACAGACGGAUGAACAUCUUUUACCAGCAGGCCAUCAUGAGGUCAAAGGUCAAGUCCAGUGUGUCUCUUGGAGCGAUGGUUAAAUACAUGACAACUUGCAAGAACCACGACCCCUUCCUGGCACCCUGUCUACCCAGCAACCCCUGGCAAACAGACAAUGACACCUACUGGACACUCAACAUGAGGAGAGUGGAAACACCUACUAAGAUGCGCGUGGAGCGCUGGUCCUUCAGCUUCUUCGAGCUUCUGAGUGAUUUGGGUGGACGAGAUGACUUCAAGGUUUUCCUCAAAAAGGAAUUCAGCGGUGAGAACUUGGCUUUCUGGGAGGCAGCGGAGGAGAUGAAGUGGGGCGCUGCUUCUGCCAUGUCAACAAAAGCUGAAGCCAUCUUCAAGACCUUCCUUGCCCCAGGAGCCCCACGUUGGAUCAACAUUGAUGGCAGGACCAUGGGUCUGACAGUGAAGGGCCUAGAUCAUCCCCACCGCUACGUACUUGAUGCUGCGCAGACACACGUCUUCCUGCUCAUGAAAAAGGACACUUUCUUUCGCUACCUGAAGUCUCCCGUGUACAAGGAGAUGCAGAAGAAAGCCCUGAACCCUGAGCCUCACAACUUCAGUGACGCCCAGUUGGAGCAGAAUGCCAGAAACCGAAGUCAAGGCAUUCAUCCUAUCAUCCUGUGGCAGCAGGAGGAGGAGGAGCUCUCCAAGGCCGCCAUCGCGGCCACCCCAGUGGACAUCAAGGCCAUGAUGAGCAAGAUUGACAGAAAGAAGUAG